AUGAAGAUAACGCGUUAUAAAAAAGUUCAAAAAUAUCUAAAGUUCUAUUACAAUAACUUUGGCUUCCACCAACCAUACCAAGUCUUAAUUGAUGGCACCUUCUGUUUCGCAGCGUUUAAAGAGCACAUUAAUGUAAGAGAGCAGCUACCUAAAUAUCUCAAUGGUAAUGUAAAGCUGCUAACAACAAGAUGUAUUAUAAAAGAAACUGAAAAAAUAGCUAAAAAGACUCAUGGGGCUCUCACAAUUCUUAAACAAUUUGGUAUUCAUGAGUGUGAUCACAAAGAGCCUGUGUCAGGUGCUCAAUGUAUUCUAUCCAUGAUAGGGAAAAACAAUCAAAAACAUUACAUUCUGUCAACUCAAGAUAGAGACUUACAGGAGAAGAUGAGGAAUAAAGCCGGUGUUCCAUUGCUUUACUUACAUAACAAGUCUCCUACACUAGAGAAACCAUCGAAGGCAAGUUAUGAUAAAGUCGGUCACUCACUAGAGACAAAUCCAUUUAUAAGUGAAGCACAGAAUGAAACAUUAAAAAAGAUUAAGAAAGCCCUGGGUGUAGAAGAAACUGAAGAAAACACUAAAGUAAUCAUUAAAAAGAAAAAACCUAAAAAUCCUAAUCCAUUAUCAUGCAAGAAAAAGAAGAAAAAGCCAGGUGACAAACAAAAUAUUAAAAAAGACGGAGUUGCAGAAGGAAAAGUAAGAAAAAGAAAGAAGACUAAGAAUAAAAUGACUGCUGUUGUUUAA